CCACAUUCCAGAAAGAUGAAACUCUUAGUAUUCCUGUGUCUAGUUGGGGCUGUGCUGGGAAACCUUGCGUUUGAAGAAUGGGCCAAAGAGCACAGUAAGGUGUACUCCUCGUACAGGGAGAGAAUGUACCGUCAAGAGAUCUGGGAAUCCAACAUGAUCACCAUCCUGUCACACAACGUACGACAUGUCAAGGGAGAGACCACAUACAACAUGGCCAUGAACGCAUUCGGUGAUAUGACCUUCGAAGAGUUCCGCUCUCACAAGACCUGUUACGGAGGUAACCUCGGAAAAACCCCCAAGAUCCACUACGGUGGUUCAACCUUCAUGGCUCCCCUUAACUUCACCGCCCCUGCUGCUGUGGACUUCAGGAAGCUGGGAUAUGUCAAUGCCAUCAAGGAUCAGGGACAAUGUGGCAGUUGCUGGGCUUUCUCCACCACUGGCUCUCUUGAGGGGCAACUUUUCAGGAAGAACGGAAAACUUGUGUCUCUCAGCGAACAACAGCUUGUAGACUGCUCUGGAAAGUUCGGAAAUGACGGCUGUGAUGGAGGACUUAUGGACUGGGCCUUCACCUACAUCAUGAGUGUAAAGGGUCUGGAAGCAGAGAAAUCUUAUGCCUACACUGCUGAGGAUGGAGAAUGCCAGUACAACGCCGCUAAUGCAAUUGGUGGCGCCACCGGUUUCAUCGACAUUCCUGAAGGAAGUGAAGAUAUGCUCACCAUGGCUAUCGCCGCCAACGGUCCCAUCUCUGUUGCCAUCGACGCCAGCCACAGCUCAUUCCAGUUCUACAACAAGGGAGUGUACGAUGAGCCUAACUGCAGUAGUACCGAGCUGGAUCACGGAGUACUGGCUGUUGGGUACGGUACUGAUAGUACCGGACAAGACUUCUACAUCGUCAAGAACUCCUGGGGAACCAGCUGGGGUUUGGAUGGGUACAUCAUGAUGACCAGGAACAAGAAGAACCAGUGCGGUAUUGCAAGCUCUGCAUCUUUCCCCAUGGUUUAGAUUGUAAAUCAAUGAACACUCCGAAAGUUUAAAAACUGUUUUAAGGGAGGAUUUUGCCAAUUAUUAGUUUGAGAUAAAUUUUAAGAUUUAAUUUUUUGUAUUUUUGUUUUGUAUUGUAAACAUUUUUAAAACUCACAAUUAAAUUGUAAAUAA